CUAUUCGGGCUAGUAGUAGUUUAUUUAUAGUAGCGGCAAGUCGGUUGAAUUGCAGUUCUGUGUGUUUCAAUUGCAAAGCGUGGGCUUGUGAGUUGCGUCUAAUUUUUUAUUAUUGUUUGUUUGGAUUGCAUUCAAAAAUCCGCAAUGGAUCCGACCAAUCGAUGCGAAGUGUGCGAAAAGCCGGCCUUGCACAAGUGCGGGAAAUGCCACAAUGCCCAUUACUGCGACAAAAAGCAUCAGAGGGAGCAUUGGAAGCAACACAAAAGUGUUUGCCAACCGUUCAAGAUAUGCGAGGAUGCGGUGUUGGGGCGCCACUUGGUGGCCACUCGCGCCCUUAAACCGGGGGAGGUGGUCAUCCAGGAAGCGCCCCUCAUUUGGGGCCCGUCGUACAACUCGAUCCCCGUGUGUCUGGGGUGCGGGAAAGCGGUCGACGAGACGUGCAGCAGGCCGUGCCAGAAGUGUGGAUGGCCGGUUUGUAGCGACCUUUGCGAAAAAUCGCCCUCGCACAUACCAGAGUGUCGCUACACGAGCCAAAGGGGCGAGAAAAUCACCGUGAAAAUAUUCGGGGUUCCGCACCCCAUUUACAAAUGUAUAACAGUACUUAGGUGCUUGUACCAGAAGCAGUUCUUGCCCAAAAACUGGAAAAAGUUGGAAACUUUACAAAACCACUUGGAGGAACACAAAUCGACAACGAACUACGAAAGCGAUCGAGUGACCAUUGCCGAAUUUAUUCGCCGAUUUUUCAAGUUAUCGGCAACUUUCUCCGAAGAAGACAUCAUGAAAGUGCAUGGUAGUACCUUGGUCAAUGGACACGAAGUACCUCUAACUGAGCCCUUCCACGUGGCCAUAUAUUCAAGUGCUUCGAUGCUGGAACACAGCUGUGGUCCCAACUGCACCAAGAGCUUCACAAAGCAAGGACACAUCGUAAUUUCCGCUGCCAAAAGCAUACAAGAAGGGGACCAUUUGAGUAUUUGUUACAGCGACCCCUUGUGGGGUACUCCAAGUCGGAGGUACUUCCUCCAUGAGACAAAGUUCUUCUGGUGCCACUGCGAACGGUGUGAGGACCCUUCUGAGUUCGGUACUAACUUUAGUGCAAUCAAGUGUUCAACCAAGUCUUGUGGUGGGUACCUCCUGCCAGCCACGUUCACAGAGUUGCAAAAACUUCCAGAUUGGGUUUGUGAUAAAUGUGAUAAGACCAUGUCGUUUUAUUCGGUUCAUGAUAUUCUGGAACGGAUCGGUCGGGAUCUGUUUGAUUUAGACAAGAGUAGCAUUGAAGAUUGUAAGGAUUUUUUAAACACCCAUCAAGAUCUUUUACACGAAAAUCACUACUACUGUACUGAAGUUAAAUACACCCUGUCCCAACUGAUCGGGCAGAGACUGAUUCUUGUAAUUUCCGAUGAGGACUUGUCUUUGAAAUUGCAAUACUGCAACAGUUUAGAAAAGUUGCUGAAAAUUAUUGCACCGGCUGAGAAGAGAGCUUUGGGGUUAAUUUUGUUUGAGAAGUAUGUAGCUUUAACGGAAAUUGCGAGACGAGCAGGGCCACAAAAAAUCACCGACUUGGAGGAGGCGAAAAAAAUUCUUUUGGAAACGAUUGAAUUGCUCAAAAAUGAGCCUGAUGUUCUUCCUGAGGGUAAAAUAUGUAAACAAGCCGUUCAGAAAUUGAAAGAUAUUGAUACAGCUUUACAAACGCUUAAAAGUAAAGAAGACGUAAAGUGAACCAAAUUAUUUGUUUAAAGUUUGUUAUGUUUAGUUGUUUAUAAAAAUUUAUAAAAAUGUAAAACAAAGGCGAAAUAAAGAAUUAAGAAAAUGCCAA